AUGUCAGAGGAUGAGGCUGAGAGAAUCAUCAAGGAGAUGUCCAAGCCAAGUGCAGAAGCAGCUGGUCACAGUGACUCAGAAUCGACAUGUGAUGACGCUAGCAGCAACAGCAGCAGCAGCAGUGAGGACAAAGAUGGAAGUGGAGAUGAGGAUGAAGCAACAGAAAGCGAAGGUGAAGUUUCAGAAGAACAGUCUGAAGAUAGCUCGGACUCAGAGGCAGAGCAAGUGCAGGAAGAUGAAGGCAGUUCGGAUGAAGAGACUGUAGAUGGGAGCGACACUGAAGAAGAAGAAGAAGCUGAGGAUGCAAAGAAAGGUGCCAUGGCGAAGAAAGCGCAGUCUGAGGCUGAGGAGAGCGACAGCGACAGCUCCGAUGAGAGUUGUGGAGAGCCUGAGGUGACAAAGAAGAUUGCAGCCACCAAGACACCCGAGGUGAACAAGCAGGAUGAGCCGAAGAAGAAUUACAAGAAGAAGGCAGGACAGGAAGAGAAGAACACAAAGAAAAGCAGCAAGAAAGAAGAUAAGAAAGAGAAGAAAGAAAAGGCUUCAGCUGCUAAGACUACGGAAGACGAGAAAAAACAAAAGACAAAGAAAACGAAGGAAAGCAAGACCAAGCCCACAGAGGAGCCUUGUCUGAAGAUCGAAGACCAGAAGGACCAGGAGAAGAAACGAGGCAGAGGCAAGGACGAUGGCAAGUCAAAGGAGAAAGUGACUUCGAAGCGUUCCAAAGACAAGGGCGACCAAAAUGAGACAGGAGGGCAUGAUGCAUCAAAGCUGGCUGUGGUGGAAGCCAAUUUGGCAAAGACUGCGGCACCGACUUCUGAAGAAGCGAAAGGCAGCAGCAGCAGCAGCACUGAGGACAAGAUCAACUCCAGCACGCACCACACGGAGUAUCUGCGAUACAGGAGGUGGAUUCGAAACGGCAAAAGGUUUCCUACUGUGCUUGGAUCCCGGUUGACAACGGAGGAGGGGCGGGCAAGCCUUUUUGUCGACUGGGUCAAGUGCGGAGGCGAUGUGGACUCCAUCAUAUGCAAGCACGAACAAAGCCUGACUGAGUCCAGAUCUUCACAGGUGAAGUAUGGAUUUCGCUCAGAAAGGUGGCUCAAUGAGAAGUACGGGGAGGAGAAGGCAAAGCGUAUAGUUGGUCGAAAGACCAACUUGGGGCUUUUGAUCCCUGACCCAGAGGAGCCCGAGGACAACCUCUACUUCUGCCUCAUCGACAUCGACCUGAAAAACAUCAACGAGCUCAAGAGGGUGACAAGCUUGGAGGCCAAAGGACAGGUAAGUGCCGAAAUGGUGAAGGCAUUCACCGAAGCCGGAGGAGUCUUAGAUGGAAGCGCUCUGAAGGGUGACAUGUCUGGGAAAGAAGGCAUGAGCAAAGCAGUCUCGUUCAUGGGGGCCGUGGGCAAGACCGGACAAGCACAGGGGACAGGGAAGGCUGCAAGAAGGAAUGGGAAAGCCAACAAGGGGAACUCAGACAGUGCUCCGGCAAAGGAAGUCAAAGCAGAAACACCGCAGAGCAAAGCGAAGACUCUGAUCACCAAAGUGCUGAAAGAUGCAAACACCUGCAGGGACCUGGCAUUCCGCUUGAAGCCGCUGGAGAUGUCCGAUCAGUUGAUCAACCAGCUGAAAGCGCUUCAAAGUGGAUUGGAGAAGCAGGCACGAGCACUUCAAGAUCUCAUCAACCAGGACAAGAACAAAAUGAAACAUUACACGCCAGUCAUGGAGGAGAUCGCAAAUCUCAACCAGCUGGCCAAGAACAAGGUUGAGUUGGGCAAAGCUUUGUUGCGCGCUGCUGAAAAGGCAACCAAGGGUUCUGAGGAGAAGGCCAAGGAGCCAGACUUCUCAGAGAUCAUUCUGACUGCGCUUUGGCUAGCCUACUCGCAUCAUGGUCUGCAACAGCAGGGCAUGAAGAACGCAGUUUUCAGAGGUGGUAUGAGAAACAUGCCAAUAUUCCCUUGGGUACUGUCUCGAUACCACACCUUGUGGAAUGUGAAAGCCCUGAAGGACUAUUGGCGCCACAUGGAGGGCCAGGAGUUCAUCGAAUCGCUGGAUUUGAGUCAACCCGACAAAACAGUCCCAUUGGUGUGGCAUGUGGAUGGAGUGAAGGUCUACAAGAACCAAAAGAUAUGGGUGUAUAGUUACUCUUCCAUGCUGCGAAAGAAGGGAAACUCAUUUGAAAACAAAACUGUGCUUGCGAUCAUUCGGGACUCUGCUGUGUCCAAGCCACGCACGCAUGAUGCAAUGGGCAAGGUCAUUGCAUGGAUUUGCAAAACACUUCAAACUGGAAUUUAUCCUGUUACAGACUGGAAAGGGAAUCCAUGGCCAGCUGGUUCAACGGAGUCGCAAAAUGCUGGGAGCUACUUCUCUGCAGAUCGAUGGCGUUGCUGUUUCUCAGCAUUCAAAGGAGAUCUAGAAGCAAGGGUGCAGAUUCACAAAAUGAUUCGCAACUACAUGGCCAACAUGAUUUGCGAGCAUUGCCCUGCUGGAAAACUUCUUUCUUACGCUGACUUCAAGAAGGAUGCACCAUGGUCCACGGUGAGGUUUUCUCAUCAAGACUUUUUGGAUUUGAAUCCCCCUGGUCGGCAAUCUGCAUGGGUGGACGUGCCUGGAUGGCGAAAAGAACGCAAUCUUGAGGACAGAUUUCUUUUGGUAUGCGCGUGGUUGGAGAAAGAUUUGCUACACACACUACAUCAAGGUGUCAGUCUUUGUGCAAUCGCUGCAUUGGUUACUGACCACUACAACUGCAAGCAUCCUGGUCAAACGCUGCAAGAUUUGGAACGAUGCCUGCUGCAAGCAUACAAGCAUUACCGUGCAUGGUGCAAAACGAAAAAAAAUUCUGGUAGCAGCCUGCGUUUUAAUUUGAACCGCUUUGGAAGGGACGGGUGGAAAAGCAUGCCAGAGCUGUCGACGCAAUACAAAGCGAGCACAGUGAAAUACAUGCAGUAUUGGCUGCAUGACUUUCUCAUGGAUGAGCCGGAAGUGCCACAUUCAGCAGACCGUCGCCAUUGUUCCUAUUCUUUGGCAAUGUUUCAAUACAUGCUUGACACCCACAGUGAAUGGUUCACUCAAUGUCAGGCAGACCGUACUGCGCAAUUUGGUUACAGCUUUCUGCUGUUCUACCAGAAGUUAGCAGUUCGAUCCAGGUCAGAACCCAGGAACAACUACAAGAUUGUCCCGAAAUUCCACUACUUUUUUCACAUGCAAGAGUACAUUGAAGAAACCCUUCGGAAUGUCAGGCAUUGGUUGGGAAAGAUCGCAUCCCGAUGUCAUGCCAACACGAUGGAAAGAACGUGCCUUCACAGGUACCGGGUCAUGCUCGACCUUUUCUUGGCUUCCGGGCUCAAUGAAGAUGACCCGGAAUGA